AGAUAUGACAGACGUAGAUUGCAAUCCUAAAAGAGCAAUAAGCAUAAUUUAUAAUCCUGAAGGAGUAAUGAGCAUAGGUUGCAGUCCUGAAGAAGUGACAGAUGAAGUUUGUUUUUUAUCUGACAUAAAAUCUGGUAUUAUAAAAUAA